AGCCCAGCAUGGGUCAGCUUGGAGUAGCUUCCUGACCGACUACAUCCACUAUGCUCUGCUGCAGUGUGAGAAGCAGCACUGGCAGUCUCUGCUUAAAUCUGGUAAUCCAAAUGGGAUCCAACACAGCCUCCCCUUCUUGCAGAGAAGAAUUGGUCGUCUGGGGCCCAGCAAAGUUGGCUUUCCUGAGAAGAAGCAAAGUUAUGACUUAAUUCCAGAACCUAUUGCUGUCUUGGCGAAAGAGAACUUUGUGUCUGUCAUGGCCAAUACUGGUGUUCAUAAAGGCAGGUGGCAGUACGAAGUGGUGGUCGGCAGCAGCGGUGUCAUACAAGUGGGCUGGGCGGUCGCCUACAGUAAAUUCGAUGCAGAACGAGGAGUUGGAGAUACAGCGGACUCGUAUUCUUACGAUGGCAACCGGCAAAGAUCCUGGAAUGUGAACUGCCGCAAAUAUGGCGACUCGUGGCAGAGCGGUGACGUCAUAACAUGUGGCAUUGACAUGGACAAGAGAACUAUUUCUUACAUGAGGAAUGGCAAGCAUCUCGGCGAGGCGUUCAGCAGCAUCGCCAGGGGCAAGGACUGCUUGUAUUUCCCGGCGAUGUCGCUCUCCAAACACGAGAUGCUCGUCAUCAACUUCGGGGGACACCCCCUGCAGUACCCCAUGCCUCAAUACAACGUCUUAGAGGCGGAGCCAUCUCUCCAGUUGGCGCAGUCUGAAGCUUGUCUGCUGUGGCUCAGAUCUCUCUCUGAUGUUUUCUUCAGUCGCUCCCUACAGCUGCAACUCUUUGGUAGCGGCGUGUCCACGGGUGACGUGGAGGGCGCUGUGCUGUCCAUCGUCCAGGCCGUGGUGGUGGCGCUGGAGCAGCUCUGUGUGGGGGAGCACUCAGGGGCCUACGUCGUACAGCGGCACGUCAUGGGAUACGUCGAGAGCCUCAUGCCUGCUUCUUUCAUGUCACACAACGACACCUCUGCGCCGCCCUGCAGAGAGCAGCUACCGGAGCUCAUGUUCUUCCUGGACGCCGUGCACGCCUUCAUGCAGCCUGAGUCAACAUACAAGAUCCUACAUGGGCUGCUGAUGCUGGCGACGACCUGGAGCAGAGAAUCCUCCACGAGCCUCCUGCUACCACGACACUGUCGUGCCGUGAAGGUGGUCACGGCGCUGCUACUCCACACCUCCACCAGACACUUGAUGGUCGAUAAACUCCUCUUCGUUGGCGUCCGGUUACAAAGUCUGUUCUGCUACUCGGUGGACGAGGCUGUGAUGCAGGAGCUGCUGCCUGAGGUGCACUGGAGGAGCCAGGACGCGAGGCUGCAGCGCGGCGACCAGCAGCUCUUCCUCUCCAGGCUCCAGAUCCUGCAUGACGCGCUCAAAAGUGUGGAGAAGCUGCAUGUCGCGGCGCUGACGCUGCUCCUUACAGUCGAGCCUGGAGUGCCCUACGCCCGCUCCACGCGGGCUCGUUUCCUUGACAAGUUCCGCAACGUGACCAUCAAGCGCAAUACUGGGCCUGCUAGGCUGUUUCAAGUGCCGAUCCUGCCGUUCUUCCACUCGUUGCUGGAAACGCUCGGGCAGCUGUGGCAGAAGGAGCUGGCGCCCUGGCAGCGCUCCUGCAUUCCUCCGCACGUUUUCUUCGAUAAUUCAAUUGGGCUCGUCGAGAGCAACAGACUUGGAGGCGACAAAGAAUAUCUCAUGAAGACUUUUGCCGAGGAAAGAACCAAAGCCCUUGCUAACAAACAACUUAGCUAUAGACAGCACUGCGCGUCUGCUGGUCCUGGUUCUCUCCGUAGUGCGGGCUCCUGCUGGGUCGCUGACGCGGGCAGAGGCAGCGUCGGCACAAGUGCUGCUACCAGCGACGGUCCUGAGAGCAGCUGCCGUAUGGACACGUCCAUGCCGUCCACUUCCAGCGGUGGUGAAGAAUUUACUGUGCCGGUAGCGGUGCAGGAGGAGCUGCGUCGGUCGCUGCGUCUACAGGAGCGGGACUGCGACAGGCAGGUGCGGGUACAGGCGUGGCACCGCGCCGUGAGCUUCGCGCCCCACAGGCUCGCUGCCCUCCUCAACCUCCUGCACAUCGUUGUCAACACCGUACAGGCGAGCGAAAGCAGCGAAGCCAUGUUCGCCUUCCUGCCCGACUAUUACUUAGAAGUUAUCUCGCACUUGUCCCUGGGCCUUGCAGACUCUUUCAUGAUCGACUACCCCGUCGUUGAAGACGAGAGCGCCCUCUACCGCUCUAUCGCGGUGUUCCUGUGCCGACACUUCAUGGACGCGCGCGUGCGGUUCACCGACUCCAGAGAACAGCUCAUGCAAACCGUCGCCUUCUACGUCACUUGCCCUACAACCCUCGCCGUCAUCGAAAACGUCGAUGUUGAGAGCCGAGAGGCGUUAGUACGGAGCCUGCUCACGCCUUACGAGAGCCGCGUGUGGGCGCAGAACAACUGGAUCUUGGUGCGGUUCUGGAAAGGAAGUGGCUUUGCAUUUCGCUUCUACCUAAGCCCACACCUCAAGACCAAAAUCACCCCUAAACCGAGCUAUUCGGAUAACUGCAUGCAACUUAUUAAACCGUGUCCUUCAUGGGUGCUGCAGCAAGUGCUGGCAGAAGUGCUGUCGAGGGACCCCGCAUUUUCGUCCCGCUUCAUCAGCUCCUUGCUAAGCCAACUCAACUGGGCCUUCUCGGAGUUCAUCGGCAUGCUGCAGGAGAUCCAGAACUUCUCGUCGCGGGUCGAGCGCGUGUUCAUAGACUCGCGGCAGCUGCGCAUUUGCUGCACAUGCUUCGAGCUGACGGUGUCGCUGCUGCGCGUGCUGGAGAUGGUCUUGUGUGCCGGCCCCCAGCUCUUCCUGGCUGCUCCUGCGUCAAGCUCAGCACAGUCUGACGUGCUGCUCUCCAUGCUGUGUAAGCUCUUGUGCCACGUGAUGAACCGUGUCAGCGUUGGCAGUAGCGGCUGUUUCACUCGCAUCGUGAGCCUGGAGAUCCCAGGACUGGACAGCCUGCAUCACUUCCCCAUCCUCACCGCCGCUGCCGGCAUCAUCGUCGCUCUUCUUAAGAAGGACAUCGAGAACCAAGAGGACCCCGAGUACGACCCCGUCGCCACAAAAGCGCUAGUGAGCGAACCAAGUUUCCAGCUUCGUUCCUUCGAGGCGCUCUUAGACGCCCACGACCCUGCAGGAGUGCAUCCCACGGCCUUCGCUGACCGCCUCGACGCCAUCAGCGCCAUAGCGAGCGCCCCUAUCCAGCGUCCCGGCCACACUAGAAAUUCUGCUGCCGCAGGUCCUGCUGCUGCUGCUACUGCUGCUGCUGCUGCUACUGCUGCUGCUGAAGCCAUGGAUGUGGAGGAACGUGCUACAGAAUUAGCAGCCGCGCAGCCUGCUGCCGACACGGCCGCUUGUGAAGACAUGGCUGAAAUCCCUGCUUUCUCAUUACGGCAACACCCUGACGACGUGAGUGAGGCCGAGCUGGAGGCCAUAUCACGCUGCAUCGCCUACCUCCAGCAGUUCCUCUUGCGGCCCACGGUCACGCCCCCUUCUGAUGAAUCGCAAGACUGUGUCAUUUGCUACGCUCGGCGAGCCACCGCACAAUUUUUGCCUUGUAGGCAUUUGUCCUGCAGGGCUUGCAUCAGCCAGCAUCUGAUGACCCACAAUGACUGCUUCUUCUGCACGGGCGUCAUCUCAUCUGUUGUGGACAGCACUUCAGGCGACACCAUCAUUUCAAGAGACGUUUCUGUUGUUACAGAGCCUCCUACAGACAUGGCCACGCGCAGAUAGGACUGUUAUGAUACUAGGAAAAAUUGUGCAGAACGUUUUUAUCGUGCGCCUGAACCACCGCAGUUUGGCCACGUGGGGUAUCCUAGACGUACGGUAUUGCUGUUGAUUUCUGAAUACUGACAUAAUUUUCCUCUGAAGAUAGUGAACCAACAACGUAAUACCCUCUAGCGUGGCCAUAUUUCUUUCAAUGGUUCCAGAUAUGAGAAGGUGUUCAUGUCCCUGAAUAUGGUUUGUGAUGUAGAUGACACGCCAUCACCGCUUGUACAGUGCCGCUAUUACGCUUAUAGAUCCCUGUGUGCAGUAGGUAUUUUUUCAUUCAUUCAACUUGAUGUUAUUUUUACUUAUUA